GAGGUGCUGCAGUGUGUCAAUGUCACGCUCUUCUCCCCGGCCGAGUGUCGCAGUUUCUACCCCGGCUCCAUCACCGACAACAUGAUCUGCGCGGGGCACCUGCAGGGGGGCAAGGACUCCUGCCAGGGUGACUCCGGCGGCCCCCUGGUGUGCGAGGGCACCCUGCAGGGCAUCGUCUCGUGGGGCAUGGAGCGCUGUGGGCAGCCGCGGCGCCCGGGCGUCUACACCAAGGUGUGCCGCUACGCCCGCUGGAUCCAGGACACCAUGGGGGACACCUGAGGGACACCUGAGGGAC